AUGUUCCAAACCAUUUCACACUCCCAAGAUGAAAACAAGAUACAAUUUGUAGAGAUGGAAGAGGAACAUGAAGACCUUUCCUUUACGGACAUUGGUAUUCAUCCACACAAAUUCAUUGAAAUUCAUGUGACCUCACAUACCAUCGACGGUGUCGGAAUGCAAGCAAAAACACUCUACCAAAUCGAAACUCGUGUAAAAACAACAAAAAUUGAAUUCCAUGCCUCUCGUCGCUAUCGAGAAUUUCUUAGUCUUUAUACUUGCUUUAAAAAACUUCCUUCGAUGAAUUCUCUCUCGGAAAUGCCUGAAAAGAAACCAUUCAAUCGUUUUGAUGAAAAGGUCAUUCUGGAACGACAAAAUCAAUUUCAAGUCAUUCUCAGAGAAUUGUUGGCAAGUGGAGAAAUUUUUGUAAAUUCCAUUUUUAGAGACUUUUUGGGAAUUCCACAAAAUUUUUCAUUGUUGUCUGUUUUGGCAUUUCACAGACAUCUCUUGUAUUCCAUUUCUGAAAUUUCAAAUUCAGAAAGACAAUUUGAAUAUGAUAUUCCCAUUGAGGCUUGGUAUCAUGAAGAAGUGAAAUUUUGGCUCUCUUCAAAGAAAAUGUUCGAAUUUGUUGAACUUUUUGACAGACAUCCAGAAUGGGAUGGAAAAACUAUUUGGAUAUUUUGUAAAAAAGGAGAUAGUGAACGUUUGAUUGUUGAAGCAACCGAUGCAUCUACAGAAAAAGUUUGUUCUCUUUUCCAUCAAUUACGACAAUUAAACACUUUACAAAACAUUCUUCAAGAAAAGAAGAAUCAACAAGAAGAUUUUCAAAAUUUCAAAUUUCACUCGACCAAUCAUUCAAAUCCGUCCAAUCAUGAACCCAUUCAAUUAGAUGAAUUUUUUGACAAGAGAGAUUUGAAUUCGACUUCUUUCGAUCCUGCUCAUGGAGAUUCUUAUUUGGAAAAUAAUUAUGAAUUUUUACCUCUGAUUGAAAAACAAUAUUUAACACCAUUGGAAAGUAAGAGAGUGAAAUGUUGUAUGGAUAAGUUGAAAAAGCUAGAAAGUGAGCUUAGUGAGAAUUCUUACAUGAUUCUCGCUCAAAAUUUAGUGAUUGAAGAGCGACUUUUGUAUUUAAAGUUAAAUCCAAUGUCUGCAUCUGACUCGUUCAUCUAUGACACGUCAUGUUCGACUCUUCAACAACCAUUAAAGAAAUCAUUGAAAAAACAGAAAAGUGACACACCAUUUGUCAAGUUUCAUCUCGUGAUUACUGAGCUGAGUGAAAAUGUCAUUCACCGUUUGCAACGAACAUUAGCUCACAAAUUUGGAAAGGUGAAUCAACAAUAUGGUUUUUUCCACACUGCUCUCGUUUUUGGACCUUUUUACUUGGAGUGGGGUGACAGCUCUCUCGUGACCAUUCGUUCCAUCAGUUCCAGCAAGGCCGUCCUCUCUCAUCACAUUCACACAUUCCAAGGCGCAACAGAAAUUCAACAAGCAAUGACCAACCUCGCACAACUCAUCGCUCACUGGAACGGUGAAAUGCACUAUUCCACUGAAAAGUGUAAUUGCCAACAUUUUGUUCUCGAUGUCUUUAAAACAUUUGGAAUUUCACACAUGACCAAUUAUGGUAAUAAUCGUGGCAAUUCUUCUUUAAAACACUAUUUAGAACGACUCAAGAAUGAAGGAUGUUGUAAAAUGGAGCUCUCACUUUCUGAACCCUUAAGAAAAUUAUUCAAUUCUUCCAAUUCUCUUCUGAAUCACCAUAACAACAACAACAAUCACCAAUCCAUCACAACCAUGACUUUUAAAACUCAUCAAGAAUUAGAUCAAUUCUAUUGGACCAUUCAUGAAAAACUUCCUUCUUAUUUUCAAAGUGAAGAAGGUCAAAGUGAUGUGGGAUUGAUACGAGCAUUCGAUCGUGCCUUUUGGUUACGAAUGGCCUCAAGUGAGAAACGACGUGAUGAAUCGUGUUUACCUUUGAGAAGGAAAAGAAAUAACUCAAUGAUGAGUCAUCCUAGUAGUAGUAGUAGUAGUAGAGGUAGUACAACGAGUAGUAGUAAUAGUUCAAUAUUAUUUCUUCCUUCACAUCAUCAUCAUUCACAUGGAAAGGACGAAUUUGAAAUUUUAUGUCCAUUCUAUGUGAUGAAUUCAUCAUCAAAAGCAUCAAUGACAGGAGCAGUCGUGGAGAAUGAGUUGAUGAUGUUUAAUGAAAACAAUGAUCAUGAUCGAUUCAGUUCAUCCUCCAUGACCUCCUCAUUAUGGCUAUUCAAUGUCACCGAUGGAGAAGAUUUUAAUUUUGGAUCCUAUGUGGUGAAGAGACCUGUGGAUCGAGAGUUUGUUGCGUUGGGAGCAAUGAAUCAUCAUGACAGAGAGCAGGAAGAUUUUGUCGAUAUUAUCAUGUAA